UCCUCAACUGAUAUUAUCUUCUUCUGACCAAAUUUCUAGCUUCCAACCCAAAAGACCAGCAAAGAGUUUAAGUCAUUCACAGGUUCCUUUCCCCUCUGGCAAGUAGUUUUGAUCUUCUUCCCCUUUUUCUCGUUGAUUAGGUCAAAUCUCAACCUCUUUGUUCUAGAUUUUCCCAGUGAGCUUCAUAUUCUUCCCUUUCCAAAUUUUGCAAUGACUUUCAAGGACGGUUAUUCAGUUCUUGCUUCAACCACAAGUGGCUGAGAGGUGGAUUGAAUUGAUUGGAAGCCCAAAGAUGUUUAUUUCCGGUACCCACUUCGAUUUGGUGAACAAAAGAUCUGUCAAUGAGUUUUUGUUCACCAAAAUAUUUCUUUUUGUUAGUUCUUUCUGGUUUUCUGCCACCGGCUACAUGUUUUACCUGAUCGGUCUCUUAGGUAUAUACGUCUUCAGAUUAAAAAGAGGUAACAGUUCCGGGGGCGACCAUACUAACAGCAACGCCGUUGACGAUGCAAAUGGAGACACUGUUACCCCCGAGGUGGAUUAUCCAAGUGCUUCAGGUUGUUUCAAGCCGGAAAGUGCACCUGAAAUUACCAACUUUGAGAAUUCCGAUCACGAUCAAUCUGCCAAGAAAGAGGAAUCAAGAUUCUGUUUCAAGUUCCAAUUCCAGACCUACGAAGAAACUCGAGGAGAAUCCGGAGAUUCCAUUAGCCCCAAAGAAGCGCCCAUGGUGAGCACGAGUAAGUAUCAAGUUUCUUCCAGGAAAGAUUUAUAUGGUUUUGUUGAAGAACCAGAGGUGGUGAGCUUCACCAUCAAAGAAUUAUAUGCCGAUUCAAAUUAUGGUUCUUUCAGCAAUAGAGAGAUAAUUCACGGCGGAUUCUUGUCGGAGAAGGAUUUCCAACAAUUGAAUUCAAAUACAGAAGCUGUUCGUGAACCAUCAGUAGAGAAUUACAGUCCAGUUGAUCCCAGUAAAGAAGAAAAACCAGGGAAAACAGAACCUAGGUCAUUUACUAAUGAUCCGCUAACUGAGAAGGACGGAGGUAGUUCAGAAAUUAAUUUUCCCCGUAAGGACGACGUCUCUCGUGAACUCCAGUUUUUGUCUGAAAAAGAUUUCAAGGCUUCAAAUUUAGAAUCAGAAUCUGCUAGUUUAAGCGAUGUGUUUUCUCCUAAGAAUCAUACAAUUGAUUCCAAUAGUGGUGAUUUUUUGUUCGAGAGAGACUUUGGAGGAGGAUCAGACACUGUAAAUGAGUUGUAUUUUGAUGGAGAAAAGGUAGAAUUAAGGGAAGAAACACAAAAUUGCGAAGCGGCCCAUCCGCAGAAUACAAACUACUUGUUGGACAAUGAAACCAUCGAGAUCAGUGAGGGCCCUUCCUCUGUUUGGGAACCUAUCAAACACAGAGUACACUCUAUGGAUGAUGACAUAGAAUUAAUGGAAGACGAUCAAACUUCUGAAGAAUCCAAUUUGCCGAGCCCAAGCACUUCAGCGGAUACAGAAGUUCUGUCCGACAAUGAUUUUGAGGAAGAAGAAGAAGAAGACAAUCCAGGACCGGAUGUCUUAGGCAACUUCAAGGAGAGGGAAGCAGUUGAUGGUUUAGAAAUAUAUGGACAACCCAAUAUACAGAAUUCAUCCGUAUCGGAAACAGAUGAUGCAGACGAAUUGGAAAUUCUGUGGGAACAUGAGGAAUUGAUAGAACAGUUGAGGAUGGAGUUGAGAAAGGUGAAAGGCGGUGGACUUCCAACCAUCUUAGAGGAAGAUGAGUCUCCCAAGAUAAUGGAUGAUCUGAAGCCGUGGAAGAUUGAUGAGAAGUUCCAACACGAGGAUAGAAUGGAGGAGCUACAGAGGUUCUACAAGAGUUACAGUGAACGAAUGCGAAAGUUGGACAUCUUGAAUUAUCAGAAGAUGUAUGCAAUUGGUUUUCUCCAGCUGAAGGACUCACAUCAAUCAAUUUCAAACCGAAAAUCAACUACUCCAGCAAUCAUGUCCCUUCUCUGUCAUAAUUUCAGACUAUUCAAACGUGGGAGAGUUGAAGCUGACCCUGCGAUGAAGUUUGCUGGAGAGUUGCAGUGCGAUUUGGAAAUGGUGUAUGUGGGACAGACAUGUCUGUCCUGGGAGCUCCUCUACUGGCAAUACAAGAAGGCCCAGGAGCUGCAGGAAACUGACCAAGAUGGUAUCCGGCGAUACAACCAUGUUGGUGGAGAAUUUCAACAGUUUCAAGUCAUCAUCCAAAGAUUCCUGGAGAACGAGCCUUUUGAAGGACCUAGGGUUCAAAACUACGUUAAGAAUCGAUGCGUCCUUCGCAACCUUCUUCAAGUUCCAGUCAUAAAAGAGGAUGUGAAGAACAAAAUGAAAGGAAAAGGUAGAAGAGGAGAAGACGACGUGAUCACAAUAUCAAUGUUAACAAAGACCAUUCAGAAGUCGAUGCAGAUUCUUUGGGAAUUUAUUCGGGCCGAUAAGGGUGAAGCUAAUGUGAUUCUGAAGGGCCUCCUUGGAACCCAAGCUGGACUUCAAAACUCUGCAGACUCUGCACUUUUGAUGGAUGUACAGACAAAUCUUCAAAAGAAGGAGAAAAAGCUCAAAGACCUUUUGAGAACUGGAAACUGCAUUGUGAAGAGGUUGCAGAAGCACCAUCAAGAAAGCAGAUUUGAUGAAGUUAUGUUCUGCUCUCAAGUUGACUUGAAGUUAGUGUCUAGAGUUCUAAACAUGUCCAGAAUAACAAGUGAACAACUAGAAUGGUGUCAUAAGAAAUUAAACAAGAUCAAUUUUGUACACAGGAAGAUUCGUAGGGAACCUUCAAUUUUGUUGUUUCCAUGUUGAAUUUAUUUACCUAUCCCUACUGUAACAUAUCUUUUAUCUGCGGUCUGCAGAUCCAUAUAUACAGUUACACAGAGAGAAGAAAUAUACAAAAUACUAUAUUUUGAAUGAA